CAUAAAUUUUAAAGACGUAACUCCCAUCCCGUGUAGGUCCACUACUGCAACGAAUAUUGGCUUGCCCAACCGCCAAGUGGUGACAGCUGGGCUACCUUAACAGAGCAGCGGAUUAUUCCACUGAGGGAAAAAACAGUCGGACCGACUCGGGUGGCAAACGUUUUCUCGUUUUCUGUGUUGGUGCUUGCUCGACACUGUGUAAGUUUUUGAAGGUAGACUGUUUCAAAAGUGUCACAUAUAAUUGUACUUGUUUAUUACUCAUAGUCUCAUUCAUAAGCUGCCCGUGCGGAUCUGUACCAGGUGUAAAUCUUGUGACAACACUCAAAGAUUAUGCCAGCAGUGGGCAGAAAACCACUGGAAGACUAUCAGACCACUUACAUGGAUACUGAUCAGUCCAGUUCAUCUCCGCGCACCCGCAGCGCGGCCCAGCGCACUCCUAACACUACACGGCGCUCUGAAUCCCCCAAUAAGAACAGUCCUUCGAAGAUGUACCCUGAUCUCAGUCAGCUGCGAAACGAGUAUGAUCCGCGGUAUCCUCGUGAUAUUAAACCGGUGUAUCCGAACAUUGCUAGCGAACGAGCACAUGCUGAUAAUUUUGUUUACCUGGCUUCUCAUUCACCAUAUAGGGAGGGUGUGCCGGCCGAAGAGCAUGUGUACGAAGAAAUCCGAGAGGAUGAGAAUGGGGCUAGUGCGCGUUGGGUGUAUGAGUCGACAAUGGGAGGUCCAGCACCAGAAGAUGAAUUUGUGCAGGAAUCACUGAAACCGCAGCCUCCUCCGCGUGUCCGUAAGGCGGUUGCGACCCGGAAUGUCGCGGAUGGGGAAGUCGAGCGGAAGACUUUACCGGAAGGACCCUUGUGGUUAAUAAUUGUCGCAGUUGCUUUCGGUGUGUUGGCCUUUUUUGCCAGGCAUCAGGUUGCAUCGUAUUGGAAUUGGUAUUGGACACCCACAGACAGUCAGCACGCGUUGGAUCGCUUCCAUGAAAACUUCAAAAAUUUUACUGCGGACUUCAAGAACGAUAUCCAUCCUGAUUCCCUAAAUGUUCUUCGUCAUGCAUUGGAGCAUCAUGUUGAAAUAGCGGAAAACUCGAAACAGCAGUAUCCCACUUGUAUCCUGCUUGCUGGCGACCGUGCCGGCUCAAAGUCGUUGAAUUGUUUGGCCGGCCGAAUUGCUGAAAUGAUUCCGUUUCCAGCUAGCAAGAACCCUCCUAAACGACCCAUUUACACGGUGGACUUGAAGGACGAUUCCCAUCUUCACAAUAAAGACCCCGACCACGAAGAUUUGCGGAGUCGUGUACACAGUGGCAUCAAUGAGGGUAUCAAUAACGGAGCGAAAAUUGUCGUUUUCCGCAAUCUGGAGGCACUGAUACCCAAAGACAUCCCAUUGCUGCAACUAUUCUACAGUUACUGCGAUGGCGAGAAUCCCACCUUUCCCAAAACACUGUGGAUAUUAACGGUCGGCACGGAGAACGUAACGUAUGCGGAUGAACGGGAAAUAGAAAUUAAAACAGACACACAUGACACACAUCGAAGUCUUGGAAGAAAAGUGGAGGAGUUUUUAGAGAGGAUUUUAGAGGGUAACCCAGAUGAUGCGGAAGCUGCGGAACGUGUUAGAAAACGAACCAGUGGCAACCCGAUUUUAACGCGGAUUGCCAAUUAUAUUAUUCCCGUUUUGAAAGCUCCGCAGACCACUGGCAAGUGUUGAUGUCGCAGUGAGCUUGGCACUGGAAUCUGACUGCAUGUUGCAGGUCUCUGCUGAAUUUCCUUUUGGUGUAAAUUAUUUGGGCUACUGGUAAAAUUAAUGGCUGCGGCAGUGUUUUCCAGCUGUAGAUUUUUUUAUAAACCGUUUGAUGAGCAGCUUGUUGUAUUAUUCCAUACCGUUGUUUCCGAAUUUUCGUUCGCAGCCAAAAACUUUCCCAUUUCAUAAUUUUCAGACCAGGAAGCUAAAUUGGUACUGUGGUUAAGAAAUAAAUCGGUUCGGUUACAAAGAACCAUUUAAAUGUGUACA